AGCACAUAAGCUUGAGGAGGAGAAGAAGAUUAUUACAAUCUUCUUCCUCACCAAAUAAAGUAAAAUAAAAUAAUAAAAACCUCUCUUAGGAAUAAAAUCUUAAAAAGAAAAAAGAAAAAGAAAAAGAAAAAGAGAGGGAGGUUCGGGUUUUCGAAAAGGGAUUCAUGGGAGGUGUUCUGGCAAUGGUUGUGUUGUUAUGCCUCUCGGCUGGGGCCAUGGUUGCACGGGCUGAGGACCCUUACCUGUUCUUCACCUGGAACGUCACCUAUGGCACGAUCUCCCCGUUGGGUGUCCCCCAGAAGGGUAUCCUCAUCAACGGGCAGUUCCCCGGCCCCAAUAUCAACUCCACCACCAACAACAACAUCGUCCUUAAUGUCUACAACAACCUCGACGAGCCUUUCCUGCUCACAUGGAGCGGCAUCCAGCAAAGGAAGAACUCGUGGCAAGAUGGGACCCUAGGGACCAUGUGCCCAAUCGCCCCUGGAACGAACUACACCUACCACUUCCAGGUCAAGGAUCAGAUCGGGACCUACUUCUACUACCCCACCACAUCCACUCACCGGGCAGCUGGUGGCUUCGGUGGGCUCCGUGUGAACAGCCGUCUGCUCAUCCCCGUCCCGUAUGCAGAUCCUGAGGAUGAGUACACCGUGCUCAUUGGCGACUGGUACGCCAAGUCCCACACCCAGUUGAAGAACUUCCUAGACAGUGGACGCUCCCUUGCCAGGCCCGAUGGCGUCCUCAUCAAUGGGAAAUCCAACAAGGCCAAGGACAGCGACAAGCCCCUGUUCACCAUGAAGCCCGGGAAGACUUACAAGUACAGGAUCUGCAACGUCGGGAUCAAGAACUCCCUCAACUUCAGGAUCCAGGGCCACCCGAUGAAGCUUGUCGAGAUGGAGGGAUCCCAUACCGUCCAGAACGUGUACGACUCCCUUGACGUGCAUGUCGGCCAGUGCUACAGCGUGCUCGUGACUGCUGACCAGGAGCCCAAGGACUACUACAUGGUGGCCUCCACCCGGUUCACCAAGCAGGUGCUCACCACCACCGCCAUCAUCAGUUACACCAACAGCAAAGGCCCGGCCUCACCCGAGCUCCCACCCGCCCCAGAAGGCUGGGCCUGGUCCCUCAACCAGUACCGGUCCUUCAGGUGGAACCUCACAGCCAGCGCCGCCAGGCCCAACCCCCAGGGCUCGUACCACUACGGCCAGAUCAACAUCACCCGCACCAUCAAGCUCGUCAACUCUGCCCACAGGGACAGCGGCAAGCUCCGGUAUUCCCUCAACGGUGUCUCACACGUCAACCCUGCCACCCCAUUGAAGCUCGCUGAGUACUACCAGGUCCCCGAGAAGGUCUUCCAGUACAACAUCAUCUCUGAUGAGCCGCCAGCCAAGAUUGAGCAGGUGAAGCAGGCACCCAAUGUGCUGAAUGUCACCUUCCGUAACUACGUGGAGAUCAUCCUCGAGAACCACGAGAAGAGCAUCCAGUCAUACAACCUCGAUGGAUACUCCUUCUUUGCCGUCGCGAUUGAGCCAGGGAGGUGGACUCCGGAGAAGAGAUCGAACUACAACCUCCUCGAUGCCGUGAGCAGGCACACCAUCCAGGUGUUCCCCAAGUCAUGGGCAGCCAUCAUGCUUACCUUCGACAACGCUGGUAUGUGGAACCUGAGGUCUGAGCUCCUGGAGAACCGCUACCUCGGACAGGAGCUCUACAUCAGCGUUGUGUCCCCUGAGAGGUCCCUCAGGGAUGAGUACAACGUUCCUGACAGCACCCAACUUUGCGGCGUCGUCACCGGCUUGCCCAAGCCACCACCCUACACCAUCUAAGAAUGUUUUUCCUUCUUUGUAAUUGUCUCGCAGAUCGGGCAACUCCCUCGGUUUUGUGAGUGAGUGACAGAGAACAUUCAUUGAUGUAUCAGCCCUUUCCGAGAAUGACAUAAAAUUUUAAUCGUCUAUUAUUAUCUCGUC